AUGGCGUCUCCCACCACCCCUCGAUUCUCCCACUCCCGCGAGAGCUCGGGCUUCGACUUCAACCACUCACCUCAAGAAAGGCGACAGUCCCGCAGCUCGCUUGCGGGCCCCGAUCCCGGCACCCCACUACGAAGUGGCUUCAACCAAGCCGAGGGCGACAGCAUGUUCAACAACAGCGGCAUAGGCAUGGCGGACGGCGACGGCGGCAACGGGCUGGGUAACCUUGCAGACGAGCUGGCAGACGCUCUCUCGGACGGCGAGGAUGACUACUACGACCCGAAUGGACCUCCCGGCAUCAGUGUGGACACAGGUGACGAGGACAGCGAGGAUCACAGUGACGCACAAAGGCAGGAUGGGAUACGGGACAGUGGGGUAGAUGUUGGGAGUCCAGACGGCCGCAAGACCAAGCACAUGAGCCUGACGCUCCCACCGGCGAUGAACGGCCGUGGCCACCGCAGGAAGGCAAGUGAUUACGAUGGUAGCGAGUAUGGCUCCGAAUCGGAUCUCGAGUCUCCAGGCAUGUCAGCCACCCUUGUCGCCAGAAUGGAUGCCGUCGAAUCGCUUGCCCGGCGAGGAACAGAGAACAACGGAGGCCACACGGACGGUGUUUUUAAACGGGUAACAGAUGGUCUAAGGGACCUAGCCCCGCAGUCGACCGUCGAGAGCAAUACCACAAGGCUCAUAACCGCACACUCAGCACUUACGACACACCUUACACAUCAAACCCGCCAGCUGCAGAACCUCACUUUCCCGCUUCUCAACCCCCUCGCCAUACCACCCGACUCCGAGACGAUAGACUCGCUUCUGCCUGAGCUCACCACGCUGCAGGAGAUGAUGCCGAGGCCAUCACAAGCCGCAUUCUCAAGUAUCAUGGGCCUGCAGAACCUGACAAACGAUCUGGUGCAGACUUUGUCGUAUCUGUCCGACACGCUACACAUGUCACGACAGACGUCGGUGACGGCGACGAGGAGAUUGAAGAGCGCGAAGGAACUGGUGGCGGAGCUCAAGAGGGACGAGGAACUGAGAGAAGAGGGCGAGAGGUGGCUGACGAAGGGCAACUGGGGCGAGAGGCUGGAGAAGAGAGAAUGCGCGAGCGUGUGUGGCGACAUCGUGGGCGGGUUUGAAGAAGUGUGUGAUAGCUGGAGGACGAGGCUCGCCCAGACGGAAAGCGCCCCGGCUUAA